UGUCAUUAACUGUCUAAUCCUUUGGCAAGGUAAUGAAGUAAAGUGCAGCUGACACAAUAUGUUGUCCCUUAAGGAAGAAGGUGCCUUAAAGCACGCAAAUAUAGCUUAGCCUCGGAGGAAAUCUUUAGACCGAUUUUACUACCCUUGGGAGUGUGGUAACAACAAUAUAUGUGAGCAUAAACAUUUAUAAACAGUGUCACAAGGGUUGAUAAAAAAUAUGGCCUUGGACAGAAAAGGUGCCGACAUGGUCCGUAAGAAAAUAGCUACUUUCAAGAGUAAGAUACAGGAGGCGGGUAAAAGGACUGAAAAAGCGAAAGAAAGUCUUCAACUUGUACAAGAAAGCUUUGAUAGCACCAGGAGAUCGAAGGCAAGAGUGGAAGCGCUAAUUUCGAAAAAGGAGUCGCAACUAGAAAAAGUCGAAUCUCUCGUCGAUGGUGUACAAAGAAAAUGGGAUGCCUUAAAUAGAUUCCUCGAAGAAAUAACCAGCACAGGAGCUGAAUUAAGGAUGGAGAAUCAUAGCAGUAAAUAUGUCAGCGAAAUCGAUACCACCAUUGCGUCAAUUAAUGAGAGAACUAAAAUCGCUCAGAGGAAGUGUUUAGCGUGCGCUAACAGAGAACACGAAUUGCGCUUGCAAACGGAGGCGUCUCGAGAACGCUGUAUCCGAUUGGAAACCACUGCAAUGUCACUACAGGAAGAAUUAGCGGCUUUGAGAGAACGUGUUGAAGUCUUGGAGCAAUCAAGAAAACUACGGGAAACACGGAAGCUUCAAACGGAACAUUUAGAGAGUAAAGUGCAACACGCCAUUGCACGAGCUCAAGAAAACGAAAACUUGGAAUCUGAACUCGAGAAUCGAAUAAUCGAGUUAGAAGAUCAAAUCGAAAUGUAUACCAUGAAAAAGAAGCGAACUUCAAGUAUCCUGGAACAAACAAACGGUGAAAAGUCGAUCGAACCCUGGACAGUGACACUAUGGCUUCGAAGAUCUAGACUUGUUAACGGUGCCCCGUCUUCAGGUCCUGUUCCACCUACUUCAACAGAAUAAACUAUACAGCACGCAAAAAUCUCGUAAUCUCACAAAGAAUCCGUAAUACCAACUUCUGCGGGAAAGGAGAUUAGCGCGCAGAGCGACAUCAAGACUUCAAUUUUUCAUUUUUACGAUCAUUCAAGUACAGCCUUUAAAUUAGUGUCUCGUCAAAAUAUUCCGCAAGACUGCCCAAAACAACCACCUUAAUUUGAUAUUAAAAUUCACGUUUCCUCGA